AGCGUCGCCGUCGUAGUCCCCGCCUCUUCCCCAGGGGCCGCGUCGGAGCCUCGGCGGCGGCGGCGGCGCUUACAGCGUGAGAGGAGCGUCUCGCUCGGGAGCAGCGGCGGUCAUCGAGACCCACCCAAGGAGCGUCCCCCUCGGCCUCCCAGCGCUCCCAGGCCGCAGCGGCCGCGCCCAUUCAGCUAGCUUGCUCGCUCGCUCUCCUUCCCUGCUGCCGGCUGCGCCAUGGCGUUGGCGUUGGCGGCCCUGGCGGCGGUCGAGCCGGCCUGUGGCAGCCGGUACCAGCAGUUACAGAAUGAAGAAGAGUCUGGAGAACCUGAACAGGCUGCCGGUGAUGCUCCUCCACCUUACAGCAGCAUUUCUGCAGAGAGCGCAGCAUAUUUUGACUACAAGGAUGAGUCUGGGUUUCCAAAGCCCCCAUCUUACAAUGUAGCUACAACACUGCCCAGUUAUGAUGAAGCGGAGCGGACCAAGGCUGAAGCUACUAUCCCUUUGGUUCCUGGGAGAGAUGAGGAUUUUGUGGGUCGGGAUGAUUUUGAUGAUGCUGACCAGCUGAGGAUAGGAAAUGAUGGGAUUUUCAUGUUAACUUUCUUCAUGGCAUUCCUCUUUAACUGGAUUGGGUUUUUCCUGUCUUUUUGCCUGACCACUUCAGCUGCAGGAAGGUAUGGGGCCAUUUCAGGAUUUGGUCUCUCUCUAAUUAAAUGGAUCCUGAUUGUCAGGUUUUCCACCUAUUUCCCUGGAUAUUUUGAUGGUCAGUACUGGCUCUGGUGGGUGUUCCUGGUUUUAGGCUUUCUCCUGUUUCUCAGAGGAUUUAUCAAUUAUGCAAAAGUUCGGAAGAUGCCAGAAACUUUCUCAAAUCUCCCCAGGACCAGAGUUCUCUUUAUUUAUUAAAGAUGUUUUCUGGCAAAGGCCUUCCUGCAUUUAUGAAUUCUCUCUCAAGAAGCAAGAGAACACCUGCAGGAAGUGAAUCAAGAUGCAGAACACAGAGGAAUAAUAACCUGCUUUAAAAAAAUAAAGUACUGUUGAAAAGAUCAUUUCUCUCUAUUUGUUCCUAGGUGUAAAAUUUUAAUAGUUAAUGCAGAAUUCUGUAAUCAUUGAAUCAUUAGUGGUUAAUGUUUGAAAAAGCUCUUGCAAUCAAGUCUGUGAUGUAUUAAUAAUGCCUUAUAUAUUGUUUGUAGUCAUUUUAAGUAGCAUGAGCCAUGUCCCUGUAGUCAGUAGGGGGCAGUCUUGCUUUAUUCAUUCUCCAUCUCAAAGUGAACUUGGAAUUAAAUAUUUUAUUGUAAGAUAUGUAUAAUGCUGGCCAUUUUAAAGGGGUUUUCUCAAAAGUUAAACUUUUGUUACUGUGUUUUUGCACAUAAUCCAUAUUUGCUGUUCAAAUUAAUCUAGAAAUUUAUUCAAUUCUGUGUGAACACCUGGAAGCAAAAUCAUAGUGCAAAAAUACAUUUAAGGUGUGAUCAAAAAUAUGUCUUUAAUUGGUAAAUAAUAAGCGUUAAUUUUUUAUAGCCUGUAUUCACAAUUUUGCAAUACCUUAUUGUACCUAAGGGAUUCUGAAGGUGUUGUCACUGUAUAAAAUAGAAAGGACUAGGAUACAAAUGAAGCUUAAUUACUAAAAUGUAAUUCUUGACACUGUUUCUAUAAUUAGAGUCCCUCACCCCCAUCCCCACCCCCACCCCCCCUUAUUUUCCUUUUACCUCCUGAUCAUUAGGCCAAAGGCUGGGAGUAAGGAGAGGAUUAGGUACUUAGGAGCAAAGAAGUAGCUUGGAACUUUUGAGAUGAUCCCUAACAUACUGUACUACUUGCUUUUACAAUGUGUUAGCAGAAACCAGUGGGUUAUAAUGUAGAAUGAUGUGCUUUCUGCCCAAGUGGUAAUUCAUCUUGGUUUGCUAUGUUAAAACUGUAAAUACAACAGAACAUUAAUAAAUAUCUCUUGUGUAGCACCUUUUACUGUAGAUUAGUGCUUAAUUUCUUGGCUUGCAUUUGUUGAUUGCUAAGGCAAUUUUUUCUAAUCUUAGGGAAUAAUUCAGUAGAUGUGAUUAAAAAGCUAAUGUUGGAUCAGUUUUUUUUCUUCAUUUUCAGCACAAGAAGUCCUCUUCUUUCGUAUCCUACUAAAUACAUUCCUAAAAAUGUAUAUGAACAUUGGUUCUGUAAAAGAUAAUGGACUAAAAAAGUAGAGAGGAGUUGUAGAGAUCUGAAAUCAUUCUGGAAUUCCUAAUUAUGCUUCAACUUUUAGACAUAAUUUUAGAUGAUUUAUUUCCAGUGUUUUCUGCAUGUUCUCGUUUGUUCUUUUUCUCUGUUGAAUGCACCAACUGGUUUGAGUCCUGUGAGCAUCCAGUCAGUUGAAAUUAAAGAUUCCUCAUUUCUCCUGAUUUCUAUUCUUGUCUCGAUGUUAAAUUUAGAGACCAGUGGUUUUUAUGAUAUCAGCCAUUUGAUUUUUUUUUAAUUUUCUAUUUAAGAAAUAUAAAGAAAAAAUACACCAAGAUGGUCAAAGUACUACACAAAUCAGCACCAGCACAGUCUGAUAGCUGCAAAUGUCCAUUCAUCUGCUGUGUGUGAAUAUCCAGAAUCAGCAUAGGAAGUCAUUUAGGAUGUCAGUAUAUAAUGCACAGAAUUGUGGGUUGUUUGAAAGCCAAACAGGAAAAUUAGGAGCCUCCUGGAUUGACAUUUCAAUGAUCCUUCCAACCAGUUUAUGGAUUAUUAUGAAUAAUAGUAUAGUGUGUUCUUGUUCAGAAGUUAUAUUUGAUAAUAGAGAAGGAGGGAGUUUUAUGAAAGUUUCUUUGAAGAUUUUUUUUUUUUUCCAUUUCGAAUCAGAUUAUACCAACAAUGGAGUUUGGAAGUUUGCAUGGCCUAUAAUGUUCUAAGUUCCAGAAUGAAAAGGUCUGUAACAAUCUGAAUAGAUGUGGACACAUAUAGCAGAGAGAACUAUGUAAAUUAUCUUGCAGAACAAAAUAGAAGGGUCCUAAAUCACGUUAACUCAAACAUUGUGGACUAGCUUUGUGUUUAUUCUUCAGGUCCUUGUGCCUUAUUUGGUUUUGUAUAUUCAGCGAACUGAAAUAUUUGGAAUUCCUAUUUCUACAUAUUUGGUGAUCCAUAAGACUUUGUCAAAUGUAAACCUACAGUUUGAUGUGCGUUAAAAUACCUAGUCAAGAGGAUGAUUUCUCUUUAAUCGUUUAAAUGUUCUGAAAGUUAAAAUCUUUUGAGGCACAUAAAGUUGGCACCAUAUAUCAUCUGGAGUCCUUACUGGUAUUCAGGAUGAAAAUGUUCAUGCUGCAUUGUUGAUUCUCAUUUUUCUCUCCCAUUUUCUUUCUCACUUGGAUACGUUAAUAGUGAUAAUGGAUAAAGGGUGAGAUUUUAUAAUAAAUGGUUUUAGAAAGGUAUUCCUAGGAACCGUGGUUAUUAAGGUUAUGGAGUAAACUAGCUUGGACCUUGGGCUACAGGACAACUAGGAUUCACCCGUAACGACACAGUGCCCUGUGUUUCUUAACUUCUUGUUGCCAUUUGAAACUCUGUACUCCUAUGUUUAAAGGGUUCUGUAUAGCCUUUUUUUUUUCCAGAAAGUUAUGUUGCUUUGUAUAGAAAUAAAAGGCAUUAUUAAAA